GCAGGUAGGGAGCCUUACCUUCCACCAUAACCAGAGGAGUGUGUGAUGUUCUUUCUUCCUUCGUCAACUCGGCCUUUUCUUUUUCUUUUUUUCUUUUUUUCUUUGUAUUUUAUAUCUGUUUCACUCUUCACGAAACCAUCUCGUAGUUUCCAGUUUUAUUUUUUUAAUGUUUACGUAAGAAGAAGGAAAUGUUUCUGUUGUAUUGAUUCACCCAAAAAAAGUUGUAUUGGAAUCAACUGAUAGAUGACAAAUUUCAUCCCAUAACAAGUGUGCCCACAUCAACAUGAUGGCUAGUGCUGGUGGUGGAGGAGCUGUUGCCAAGACUCUCCUUAGAUGGCGGGGCUCAGGGAUUCCAGCCAAGGAUGCUCCCCGGGCAGCAGGUCGGAAGGACCGGCAAGGCGAAGUCCGCACCACUGGAGACAUAAGGGACCUGAGGAUUCAAUUGUCCGUCCCUGCAGCAAUCAUUUUUUACAACGUCCAGGACCUCCUGGGCUAUGAUCAGCCCAGCAAGACUGUGGAGUGGCUGAUCGAUGCUGCCUCUGAGUCGAUUUCGCAGCUCUCUUCUCUGAAAAGUUCUUUCUCCGGUGCCGCGGAGCAGUUGAGUGACAAGAACAAAAGUGUGAGCGUGGGGGAAGAUGAAUCUAGACCUGAAUCAUUUCAUCUGGAUCUGAACAAUGACCCAAACAGCCCGGACUGUCCGAACCCGGACCAGCAGUGGUGCAUUUCUUGCUCGGAGUCCGCCUGCAGCACUUGCCUCCCAUUACAAAAGUUUGUAUUGUUCCCAGAAUUACGACCGCUGCUAGCUACCAAUUGUUCUUGCUUGUGUUUGGCCCUGUUAAUUCUCGACAUAUCCUCAUUAACUAUACCAGAGGAAACUUCCCGAGGAGAAAGUGCUCUACUUAGAUUGGAAUUUGUCAACAAGUUGCCCGCUAAUAUCUUCACCGGCAGUUGGCUGGUAGAUGAGGAAAACAAUCCUAUCAAACUUAGGUUGCUCAAUGAGAGGACCCAUAAAAUAGUCAGCGCUCAUCCUCUGUCAUCGGAGAGAAUUGAGAUUGUAGUGCUGGACGGUGACUUUGGAUGCCAUGAACCAGAAGAAGAUUGGACGGAGCAGGAUUUCAGCGCUUGUAUUAUCCGUGAAACAGAAGGCAGGAGGCCAUUGCUGACAGGAGAGCUGUCAGUCACUUUGCGAGAAGGGGUUGCUUGCCUUGGCGGCAUAGCUUUCACUGAUAACUCUAGCUGGACAAGAAGUAACAAAUUCCGGCUAGGGGCUCGAAUUAUUCGACAGGCUCCCGCUGAAGGAGCAAGAAUCAAGGAAGCAAGAAGUGAAAGUUUCGUGGUGAAUGAUCACUGCGGUGAAUGUCCACUGAAGAAGGGGCCAUGGAGUGUAGAGGAAGACACAAAGCUGACUAAUUACAUAAAAAGAUAUGGUAUUUGGAAUUGGAGUCGUAUGCCUAAGGCAGCAGGGCUCAAAAGGAGUGGCAAAAGCUGCAGGCUGAGGUGGAUGAAUUACUUGAGGCCUAAUAUCAGAAGAGGCAAAUUCUCUGAAGAUGAACAACGAGUCAUCAUUAAACUCCAUCAACAACUCGGAAACAGGUGGCAAGCAAUUGCAGCGAGUCUGCCUGGAAGGACAGACAAUGAGAUAAAGAACUUCUGGAAUACGCAUCUGAAGAAAAGGGUACUUCAAACCGAGAAGAAUCCACCAUCUUCUGAGAGUGGAGGAUCAUGCUCAAGCAUCACGCUUAAUGCAACUGCAGUUCAGCAAGCUUAUGAAUCCCCAGGUUAGACUGAGCCAUUUUGCAGGGCGGCGGACUCUUAAGAUAAAAAAGGUGCCAAGCCACAAUGGUCAGAACCAAAGAGAAGACAUCUUCACGUUAGCUUUAGGCAAUAUUUCCAAUGCAAUGCAGU